AUGGCAGACACGCCGAGGUCUCGUCACCAGCUGGUGCUUCUCUCCGCCAACGUGCGAGGCCCCCGCACCAACAUCGGGGACCUGACCCACAGCUUUGUCCUGAGGCACCGCGUGGACAUAGCUGUGGUGACUGAAACGUGGCUCAACAGUGAGGUGGAGUUAUCCUUCGCCAGGAUUCCAGGCUACACCCACUGGAUCAGGAGAGACCGGCAGGGAAGACAAGGUGGCGGUGUGGCAGUGUGCCUCAAGGAAGGAGUUCAGGCCCAGAGACUUGAAGUAGAGACACCACCCACGACAGAGGCGGUGUUUCUCAAAGUAAUUCUGGCAGAUGGCACUGCCCUCCUCCUGUGUGCCAUGUACCGCCCCCCAAGCUCCCCGCAACCAAGCCUUACACCGCUACAUUACUGGUGGCAGCGGUGCCCAACGCUCCCGAGCCCUUCGCUACCUCAUUCUCCUACAAGAGCUACAAGCUACAAGAACUCACCAAAACAAGGGGACGGCGUGGAGGGGAGUCACAAGCCAACUACAGGCCAACAACAGGCCUACGCAGCCGAAGGCGAGGGCCACAAACUACAAGCCGUCCCGCCUGCUACAGGCCAGCACUGCUACAAGCUCUCUACAGGCGUCAAGUCCCCAGCCAGCACAUUCUACCAGUUCUCUACAGGCCAACUCCAUUCGUCGGGCUACGAGCUCACUGCAAGCCACCGGUUCCGCCCACACCCAACGCCCACUACGGCAUCACCGCCGCGCCACACCGGCAACACUGCCACUGCCAGGACCGUCGACCACACCUCCUACGGCAACACUCAACCAAAGGCGAGCUCGGACAUCUACCGGGUGACUACAAGCAAGUACCACCUCGGGCGCCGUUCCAUAUCCACGCCGCCCAACCCACUACCGCUGCUCCGUAACACUCAAAAUACGGAGAACACAGCAGCCGGCCUACGGCUGGCAAGGAGUUUUUGCGGCCGCCACCGCACUUCGCGCAGUCAGCACAAUCCCGACGCCAUCACGGUUCACCUGGGGGUCCGCCUCUACAAUCAACCUCUCGACGCCUUUCCUGCCGCAGCCAAGGUCUUCCAACGCGACUCCAAGGCUCCAGAGAAGAACCGCCGUUCUGCCCUUCCCUUGACCUUCAAACCAGGCGGGAAGUUGGUUGACUUCGUCUCAGAGCUAGAAGUCAAGGUUCAAGAACACACUCACAAUCCACCCCUAGCAGCAGCCACAGCAUUGCAGGCACAAAGUAAGGCAUCUCUCACCUGUAGGUUUUGCAAACGGUCAGGACAUUCCGAGAAUACAUGCUACUCUAAACGUAGGGACUCAACACAUUCAAGACAGGGCUCUGAUAGGAGAUCAGGGGGAUACAGAGGAAGCCAUCACUCAUCACACAGGAACCCUAGGCCAAACCAUCAGCGGAAGACUGCCUUUUGCCAUGUCCACGGGAAUUGUUUUCAUGAUACCGACAGUUGUUAUGCAAUACAAUGA